AAUAAGAGUCCAUCCACCGGAUGCGUGGAUGACACCGUGCCCCCGCGCCACCACAUCCACUCAGCCUCCUGUCUAUCACAGCGAUCUGCUGCUUCAGUUUGGACGGGGGGAAAUCCUUAACUGAGUUGCGUCAUAAAUACGUCAAUAAACUCAUUCACAGGCGGUCAGGUACCACAGUAGCCGCCAUAUUCGCAUCUAUGGCAGGGUAGCGGUGCUCUCGGCGAGCGUAUGAUCCACUCAGCGGCAUCAACGGUUCCCAGCGCCGUCCCCCCCCCGGAUCCCGUCCCGAUAGCGGUCCGCAGCUACGCAGCCUGCGAGUGAACAUCAAAGCAGAUCGGCCGGACUUCCACAUAGGGGAAGGCAUGCAACGUGGAGCGGGGGUCUAGGCGGACUACGAUGCCUUAGACUUGGAGAGGAAUCCUGGCACAAGAUGGAGGUAAACAGCGUUAGUAGUGAGGUCAAUGGACAUCAGAUCAUGGACGAGCCCAUGGAGGAGGGAGAGUCCUUCUCACACUGUGAUGACGGGGCCUAUAAGGAGAUUCCCAUCACCCACCAUGUGAAAGAGGGCUGCGAGAAAGCCGACCCGUCUCAGUUUGAGCUGCUCAAAGUCCUCGGUCAGGGCUCGUUCGGCAAGGUAUUUCUUGUCAGGAAGCUCUUGGGUCCAGAUGCUGGUCAGUUAUAUGCAAUGAAAGUACUAAAAAAGGCAUCUUUAAAAGUCAGGGACAGAGUUCGCACUAAGAUGGAAAGAGACAUUUUAGUGGAAGUCAAUCAUCCCUUCAUAGUGAAAUUGCACUACGCCUUUCAGACAGAAGGGAAACUGUAUUUAAUAUUGGACUUUCUCAGGGGAGGGGACGUUUUCACUCGCUUAUCCAAAGAGGUUAUGUUUACAGAGGAAGAUGUGAAAUUCUACCUUGCAGAGCUGGCCCUUGCCCUCGACCAUCUGCACAACCUGGGCAUAGUUUACAGAGACCUCAAGCCAGAGAAGUAUGAAUUACACCCCCCCACCCCCUCCAUCACCACCACCACCACCACACACACUAAAUCCACACUGGCCCCCUUAAAGAGGCGACCAAAACAAGUCUUUGCCGUCAUCAUCUUACUUGAUGAAGCUGGACAUAUAAAAUUAACAGACUUUGGCUUGAGUAAAGAGUCAGUAGAUGCUGAUAAGAAGGCUUAUUCCUUCUGUGGUACGGUGGAGUAUAUGGCCCCUGAGGUGGUCAACAGGAGAGGACACACACAGAGCGCGGACUGGUGGUCUCUGGGAGUACUCAUGUUUGAGAUGUUAACGGGGACAUUGCCGUUUCAAGGGAAAGAUCGCAACGAGACCAUGAACAUGAUCCUCAAGGCCAAGUUGGGAAUGCCUCAGUUCCUGAGUUUGGAAGCCCAGAGUUUGCUCAGAAUGCUGUUUAAACGCAACCCCGCAAACAGACUCGGGGCAGGGCCCGACGGAGUGGAAGAGAUCAAACGCCACGCUUUCUUUUCCACCAUCGACUGGAACAAACUGUACAGGAGGGAGCUGCAGCCUCCCUUCAAGCCUGCAGCAGGUAAACCAGAUGACACGUUCUGCUUCGACCCAGAGUUCACCGCUAAAACGCCUAAAGUUGUAUAUUUAGACUCCCCAGGUAUCCCGCCCAGUGCUAACGCCCACCAGCUCUUCAAAGGCUUCAGUUUUGUUGCACCAACCCCAAUGGAUGAGAACAAGAGCUCCCCGCUGCUCAGCAUACUCCCCAUAGUUCAGAUGCACGGAGGAUCUGCCAAGUUCUCCGACCUGUACGAGUUGCAGGAGGACAUCGGGGUGGGCUCCUACUCCAUUUGCAAACGCUGUGUGCACCGAGUUUCCACCAUGGAAUACGCUGUGAAGAUUAUAGACAAAAGUAAGCGGGACCCCUCCGAAGAGAUCGAAAUCUUGAUGCGAUACGGACAGCACCCCAACAUCAUCACUCUAAAGGAUGUGUACGACGAGGGCAGGUAUGUGUACCUGGUGACGGAGCUGAUGAAGGGCGGCGAGCUGCUGGACCGAAUCCUCAGGCAGAAGUUUUUCUCGGAACGGGAGGCCAGCGCCGUGCUGUACACCAUCACCAAGACCGUCGACUACCUCCACUGUCAAGGGGUGGUGCAUCGAGACCUGAAACCCAGCAACAUCCUGUACAUGGACGACUCGGGGAACCCCGACUCCAUCAGAAUCUGUGACUUCGGCUUUGCCAAGCAGCUCCGCGGAGGCAACGGCCUGCUGCUCACCCCUUGUUAUACCGCCAACUUCGUGGCACCAGAGGUACUAAUGCGACAAGGGUAUGAUGCAGCCUGUGAUAUAUGGAGUCUCGGAGUUCUACUGUACACCAUGUUGGCGGGGUACACGCCGUUCGCCAACGGACCCAACGACACACCGGAGGAAAUUCUUUUGCGGAUAGGCUCGGGAAAGUUCUCGCUGACAGGCGGCAACUGGGAUACCGUGUCAGACACCUCAAAGGACCUACUGUCCCAUAUGCUCCACGUCGACCCUCACCAGCGAUACACGGCAGAGCAGGUUCUAAAGCAUUCCUGGAUCACCUGCAGGGACACACUACCACACUUCCAGCUCACACGCCAUGACGCGCCACACCUCGUCAAGGGAGCCAUGGCCGCCACCUAUUCCGCGCUGAGUCAGAAGACGAGUCAGCCGGUGUUGGAGCCCGUUGCAGCAUCCAGUUUAGCCCAGAGACGCAGCAUGAAGAAACUCACCUCAACCGACAUGUAGACACGCCCACCCCACCCCACCCCACCCCACCCCCUUCUCCAGUUUGGGCCUCACUCAAAGCCACAGAUAGCAAAAUGCGCAUGCAGAUGCUCAGACCCAACUCUUUACCAGUCCAAACUACUGUCUCCCCAACCCCCUUUUUUUCUUUUAUAAAGAUAUUUAUUUGACAAAUCCAGCGUCGGCACUCACACUCAGCAGAAACUUGGUGACCGCAGAAGAAGAAGAAGAAGAAGAAG